ACCCAUGUCCACCACACUGGGCUCUAGGAAAAUGGGGCCCAUGUAGUGAAACUUGUGGGGAAGGAGGCACCCAAAUUCGGCAGAUCUACUGUGAGCAGAUUGUGAGUGGUGGGCUGCCUUCUGUGGUAGAUGAGAUGCAAUGUACAGAUGUCCUGGGUCCUAAACCACCCAGCACACAGACCUGUAACAUAGAUGUCCCAUGUCCAACCUGGCAUGUGGGACCCUGGAAACCAUGCAAUCGCCUUUGUGGUGAAGGUGCGCAGAAAAGGCGAGUGCGCUGUUUCCGAAGAGUUGAAGGGAAGAUCGAAGUACUAGGGGAUUCAGCCUGUCCUGGGGAAAAGCCUGAGGAUGAAAAACCCUGCGAACUUCGACCAUGUGAGGGAGUUGACUGGAUAGUUUCAGACUGGUCUGGGUGUGAAGAUAAAUGUGGUUUAACACAAGAGACUCGCCGGGUUCACUGUGCAAAUCAAAUGGGUAAGAUUUAUCCAGAUGACCAUUGUCAUUCAUAUCGACUGCCUGAACUUGCUAGAGAGUGUGAGAGUCCAGUCCCAUGUGACCAUGAGUGGUUUGCUUCGCAAUGGAGUGAAUGUUCAGCAUACUGUGGUAGUGGUGUCAAGACUAGGAAGGUUUUCUGUGGCAAGUAUGAUGGAGAUACAAUUAAAAAGGUGGAUGAUGAGAAGUGUGACUUGAGGAAGAAAUAUGAAGGAGAAGGUAACUGCACAGGCAAAGAAGAAUGUGAAGGUCAAUGGUACGCCGGUCCAUGGACUGCAUGUUCAAAACCAUGUGGGGGAGGAGUUAUGUCCCGGAAAGUGUUGUGCUUCAUUGAAAACAACACUGUUGAUGCCAACAACUGUGAUCCUAGUCUAAUUCACUUUUCUUCUGAAACCUGCAAUAAUCACCCUUGUAGCGAAGAUCAGAUCAUGCCCAUGGAGCCAGCACAUGUGGAAGAGGAGGAAGAAGAGGAGUGUGCAGAAGAGACAGAUGGAACUGUCAUUACCAUGGAGACAACACUGGAACUAGAUAAAUCAGGUGUGACUCCAGUGUCUGGUGCCACAGAAUUUGAAGGUUCAGGCGAACUGGAUGUAUUUUCAUCAGAAGUAAUGCCCUCUGACAUCACUUCAGAUACUGCAUCAUCACAUGUAACAUUGGAAGCAACUCCUCUAACAUCUAGCAGAGACUUCUCACCUGUCAGCACAGAGUUUGGAAGUAGCGUUGGUGCCUUGGAAUCAUUUGCCACUAGCCCAUCAUCCAUUGGAGAAACAAACUCUUUGUUUACUGGUUCCAGUUUUGAUGCUGCAAGUGUCUCUCGUGAUGUUAUGCUCGGUGAUUCAGCUGAUGUAUCUCCAGAGAAUGAGAGCUCAGUUUUCACAGCUUCUGAUAGCUCUGAUGUUACAGCAAGCUCAGGCAUCUAUAGUUCUGCAGAUUCAAGUGCCUUGUCGAGUAGCAGUAGUUUUUCAUCUAGUCCAAACCUAGAUGCAGCCACUACCACUUCAUUAGAGCUCUCAGGUCCCACAGACAUACAAAGUUCAUCUGAACUGUCUGUUGGCAGUGAAGCAUCAAAGAGUACAGAUGCUUUAUUGGAGACAAGUGCUUAUGAUCUAACAAGUUCAGACAAAAUUACUGAUCCCACAGAUUCCACCUCUGAAGCAACAUCAAAUUCUAUUUAUAGUAUUAGCACUUCUUCAGACAUCACCCUGGAAACUGGUUCAGGAGAUGAAGGUUCAGGUUUGACCAUUGGAAUAGACAUUGAUACUGAUAUAACAAGUGUUCUUACUGGUUCAGGCAUGGGAAUUACUGAUUUUACACAUCCUGAUAUUGGUGGAGAGGUUGAUCCAUAUGCAAUAGAAGUGAAUAGUUCAGAAGACAUCAUAUAUACGAGUGUUAGUCCAGACGACAUCAAAUAUACGAGUGUUAGUCCAGACGACAUAAAAUAUACAAGUGUUAGUCCAGACUUGCUGCCAACCACUGAGUCAGGACCUACAGAAAGCACAUCAGAAAGUUCCUUUUCCACAACAGGUUCCAGCAUGGUAUCUAGCACCAAAGCAAUAGAAAGCUCUGUGUUUACAACAGAAGUCUCUGUAUCAAGUUUUGGGGCAAUAUCAGAGAUUUCUGAAGAAACAAUUAGUACUCCAACAUCAUUAUCAUCAGCCGAAGAAGGUUAUACUAGAAGCACUUCAGAGACCAUUUCAGAAGGGUACACGAGUACCACGGAGGGUGCUCCAAUAAUUAGUACUACUGAAGUAACAACUACAGAGGAGUACACACUUUCAGAAGUAUUAGGAGAAACUACAUCUGAAUCUAGAGAAGUGAUUGAAGAAACCACUCCAAGUCCUAUUGAACUGGCAAUCACUAAGGAACAAAAAAUGAAGAAGUGCAAAAGGAAGAAGAAGCCUAAACCAGAACUUAUCAAGUGUGAAGACACUAAGUUUGGCUGUUGUCCUGAUGGUAGCACUCUUGCAGAAGGUCCAUUCAGCAAAGGUUGCCCACAACCUGCAACUUGUGAGGAGACCGAAUUUGGUUGCUGCCCUGAUGCUGUAUCUCCUGCAAAAGGUAAAAAGAAAGAAGGCUGUCCCCCAUCUCACUGUGAAGAGACCUUAUUUGGCUGCUGUCCAGAUGGCAUUGGCAUAGCUGAAGGGAAUGACAAUGAGGGCUGUGAAGAGUUACCUGUAGACUGCAAGGAUACAGAGUUUGGGUGCUGCCUAGAUGGCAUUACUGCAGCAGUAGGAGCCAACAAUACAGGGUGUUUUGAGUGUGAGGGCUCUGGUGACUGUGAUACAUGUAAUGCAACAAAAUAUGGCUGUUGUCCAGAUGGUAUGAGAGCAGCAACAGGCCCAGAGUUUUCAGGGUGUGAGGAGAUUGAAGGUUCUGGUGAACUUGGCCUAGAAGAGGUGGAUUGCUCGAAGUCAACUCAUGGUUGCUGUCCAGAUGGGAUAAAAAUUGCUGUGGGACCUAAUUUUGAAGGAUGUGAUGUCAUUAAUGCUGAAAAUUGUACUGCAUCAUAUUUUGGAUGUUGUCCUGAUGGGGUUUCUCCAGCUCUGGGUCCACGAUAUGAAGGGUGUCGCAUGCCAUGUGAGGAUGAGAAAUUUGGUUGCUGUAGUGAUCGAAUUACUCCAGCUCAUGGAUCUAAUCAGGCAGGUUGCUGCCUUACUACCAGAUAUGGUUGCUGUCCUGAUAAUAUUCUCCCUGCACAAGGACCUAAUUUGGAAGGUUGUGGCUGCCAAUACAGUGCUUACGGCUGUUGUCCAGACAAUGCAACAGCUGCUCGUGGUCCAGAUGCAGAAGGCUGUGGAUGCCAGUACACAAAAUACGGUUGUUGUCCAAACCGUUACACUCCUGCAGCUGGGCCUGAAUUCCAAGGCUGUCCAUGCUACACCUAUCAGUUUGGUUGUUGCCCUGAUGGGAUGAAUAUUGCUAAAGGACCUUACAAUCAAGGAUGUGGCUGUGAAAACACAGAGUUUGGUUGCUGCUUGGAUAACAGGACUCCUGCUCAAGGUCCAAAUAAGGAAGGGUGUGGGUGUGAGGCUUCAAAAUUUAGUUGCUGUCCAGAUGGAGAAACUGAAGCUCAAGGAGAGAAAUUUGAAGGAUGUAACGAAGUACCAGUCACACCUGGGAAGUUCUGCAAACAAGAUAAAGAUCGAGGCUCUUGUCGGGAUUUCAAAGUGAAAUGGUUCUUUGACAUGGAAUAUGGAGGUUGCUCUCGUUUCUGGUAUGGAGGUUGUGAAGGUAAUGACAACAGGUUUUCAAAUCAGGAAGAAUGCAAAGCAAAAUGUGUGGAGCCACCAGGUAGAGAUGCAUGUUUUCUACCAAAGAUUGAGGGCCCAUGUGAGGGAUAUUAUCCUUAUUGGUACUAUGACAUAGACAGGAAACAGUGUGGACAGUUCAUCUAUGGUGGAUGUCUGGGCAACAACAAUAGGUUUGAUACCAGAGAAGAAUGUCAAGAUCUGUGUGUAAUUCCAGACACACUUGAUGUAUGUGAACAACUCAAGGCUGAAGGACCCUGCCGAGGCAACUUCUCUCGGUGGUAUUAUGACCAAGAUUUGCGCAUGUGCCAGGAGUUUCAUUAUGGUGGCUGCCAUGGUAACAGAAAUAACUUCCUCACAGAAUCAGAGUGUCAACAGCAAUGCUUGCAGCCUGGUAGAAGUCGAGAUUAUUGUGCAUUACCAUCGGAUCAGGGAAAUUGUACAGAACGUCUGCCUCGAUGGUUCUUCAAUGCUUCGGAAAACAAGUGCAUGCCAUUCUAUUACAGUGGGUGUGAAGGAAAUUCUAAUAGGUUUGAGACUCAGAAGGCAUGUGAAGCUGAUUGCCCUUCCAAAGUGGAACAAGAUUUAUGUUUACUGCCUGCUGCAUCUGGGGAGUGUCACAACUAUACAGAGCGAUGGUACUAUGAUUCAUAUCAUGUACGGUGUACACCAUUUUACUAUGGAGGAUGUGAUGGUAACCAAAAUAAUUUCCUUACAAGGCAGGACUGUCAGCGACGCUGUGAAAGUGGUUACAACACGCCAGAACCUGAAGAAGAGUUUAGAACAGAAUGGUGUUUCCUCCAUGACGAUCAUGGGCCCUGUUCGGAUUCAAUAGCCAAAUGGUUCUAUGACAGUCGUGAUGGAGUGUGUAAGCAGUUCCUUUAUGGAGGAUGUCAGGGCAACAAGAACAAAUUUUCAGCAAGGGAGGAAUGUGAAGAAAGAUGUGGUACUGUACAAGAUGCCUGUGAUCUGCCUCGAGUGGUGGGACCUUGUAGUGGCAGCAUCGUCCAAUGGUAUUAUGAUCGCAGUGCAGAUACCUGUUAUGAGUUUGAUUAUGGAGGUUGCCAAGGCAAUGCAAAUCGCUUCAAUGACCGCCAGCAGUGUGAAGAGUUUUGUAAAGUUAUCACAGGCAGCACUGCUGCAGCCCUUAUCCCAGACACACUUAUUCUUACAACACAUGCACCAUUUGGCAUGGAUAUCUGCAGCACACUUGUGGACAGAGGACCAUGUCAAGAGGAACAUGCUGCAUGGUAUUAUGACAGCGAUGCUGGUGCAUGCCAGGCAUUUAUAUAUGGUGGUUGUGGUGGAAAUGCCAACAGAUUUGAAUCAGAAGAACAAUGUGAAAGGCACUGUGGAAGCUUUAAAGGCCAAGAUGUGUGCAAUGUCCCCUAUGAAACUGGCCCUUGCCGAGGGUAUUUCCAGAAGUGGUACUAUAAUCCAACAGCUGGUGGUUGCCAAGAAUUUGUGUAUGGUGGCUGUGGUGGCAAUGGAAAUCGCUUCAGCUCUCUGGAAGAGUGUGAAACCAUCUGUCUUCAUCGUGAAGAAUUGUUUCCUCGUGGCAAUGAUACAACUCUUUCUCACCAAGCUGUAUGUCAGCUGCCUGUAGAUACUGGCCCAUGUUCAGGUGGCUAUUAUAAGAGGUGGUAUUUUGAUGAGGAUCGGCAGACUUGCAUUCCAUUCAUCUACAGUGGUUGUGCUGGAAAUCGCAACCGAUUCAAGAACUUCCAAUCCUGUCUUAAUUUCUGUUCUGUAGUCUUGCAAGAAGGGUAUGGACAGCCCGGUGUAACUGAUGUGCGACCUAAUGAGAUUGAUGUAGGUUCUGGCCCAGUAAAACCUGGUGAAAACAAAUGCGAAGCUGCCACAUUGGAAUGCCAUCUGCUACAAUGUCCUUAUGGUGUGGAACGAUUUGUGGAUUCUGAUGAUUGUGAGAGAUGUCAGUGUCAUGAUCCUUGCAAGAAAUACUCUUGUCCUAAUGAAACACAGUGUGCUGUUGACCUUUAUCACAAUCUACAGACAAAUGAGACAGAGUUCAGAGGUGUCUGCAGACCAACAAACAAACCUGGACAGUGUCCCAAAUUUGCAGUCAGUGAUGGGAACUGUGUUCAGGAGUGCCAGUCAGAUGCAGACUGUACUGGAGAUACCAAAUGCUGCUUCAGUGGCUGUGUGUCAUCCUGUCUGAACCCUGUAUUUGCUGAGCAUAUAACCACAGAAGCACCACAUUUACUACCACCAGAGUCUUAUGGUAUACAAGGAGCUGAACCCCCAAGCUUUGAGGAAACAGAAUCAAAGCCACAGGUGCGUUCUGAAGAAGGCAAUUAUGUGACAUUGCGUUGUGUAGCAAGAGGAAGACCAACUCCAACAAUUUCAUGGAGGAAGGGAGUAGCUAUGAUUGAUGGUUCUGGAAGGUAUAAGUUGCUGCUUGAUGGAUCCUUGCAGAUAAUUGGUUUAUAUCGUAAGGACUCCGGCAUUUAUAUCUGUAUAGCAGAUAAUGGUAUUGGUAAGCCAAUACAAAGAGAGUUUGAAUUAGAAGUAACAGAGCCUACUUCACGUCCUGCUGAGGUGAUUGGUGAAGACAAGACAUAUGUGGUGGUUACACUGGGUGCUCCAACAAUACUGCAGUGCUAUGCUGUGGGUUGGCCUCCUCCAACCGUCACUUGGUGGCGUGGUGAUCGCAUGCUGCCACUAAGUUCAGAGCAGUUUGAACAGCGACGAGAUUAUUCCUUACUGAUCCGCUCUGUAACCUUAAGAAACCUUGGCCCCUAUACAUGCCAAGCAUAUAAUGGAUAUGGCAGAGCUGCAUCAUGGACUGUUACAGUUCAAGCUGUAGGUCCUGUGUACUCUGGGGACUCUAAAUAUAAUGAGUACCUUGUUCCUGCACCAAAGAGACCUGAAAUCCCUGAAACUGAAGCUCCUACAGAAAGACCAUCAUACCCUUACCGUCCUGUCCGCCCACCUCCCCAGCCUCAGUCUAGAACUCGCCCUCCUUUUGUACAGCCCACAUCUCCUCCAGAAAUUUCACCCCAUCCUGAACCUGAACUUACUCCAAGAGUGUUCAUAGUUCCUGUGCAAGCCAAUGUGUCACUCACUCGAACAGUUUAUCCAAUUGGAAGUGACAUCUCAAUCCCAUGUGAUGUUGAUGGGUACCCCAUUCCUCAGGUAGUUUGGUAUAAAGAUGAACAACUGUUGGAACCCAGUGGAAGGAUACACAUCACAGAAAACCAUCGCCUGUUGAUUAUGCGAGCAAAUGGAAGUGAUGCUGGAGCAUACAGAUGUUCAGCGUCUAAUCAGUAUGGACAUUCAUCUAGUUCAGUCUCCAUAGCAGUGGAAGGGGUGUAUAUCCAUCCGAACUGCACAGAUAAUCCAUUCUUUGCCAAUUGCCGCCUCAUUGUGGCUGGGCAAUAUUGUACACAUAAAUACUAUGCCCGCUUUUGUUGCAAAUCUUGUACACAGGCUGGACAACUUCCAUCGUAUGGCCCUCAUCUGGAGAAAUCAGGUACAGGCAUAAGUAAGAGGAAAUGACACUCACCACUAGUCACACCCACUGUUGAGUGGCACAAUACUCAUUAUAUUAAAACAGACUGUUAAGGCAGUGUUAGGUGUUCCUGCUGCAUUUACAUCAUUUUCUUCAAAUACAUUAUUAAAAUAACAGUAAAUCUCAUUCCAUAUGUAAAUUAAGAACAACAGUAACUGAUAAGUAAAUUUUACUGGCAUGAAAAUGACUAAAGUCCUCUUUUCUUUGAACUCUGUUUGUAUUGUAAUUUAUAAGACUUGUGGCCUGUAUACUGAUUGUAUUAGCUCAAAAUCAUAGCAAGAAUCCUUUUUACUCUGAAGUCAAUUUUGUGUUUUAAUUUAUAUGACAUGUGAAGUGUACCAAGUUAUACUAGUUUUAUCUAGGUCUCAAUGUACAGCGGCAAACCACCAGUUAAACAGCCAUCCAAAUAAUACUAUUUAUAUGGUGUUUGAUGUUACUAAUCUGUGGACACUCAGUCCUUAAAAUGAAAUGUCUUGUAUGAUGAGGUAAUCCAGUUAAGUGCCUUAAUAACUGUGUUAUAUUAAAGAUACUGAUUACGGACAAUGGUGACCAAGAUGCAUAACUAGUAUAGUAUAAUUUAAUAAGUAAUGUUAAAUAGUGUAAAUUGUAUGUUGCUUUGUAUAGAUUCAUUUUGAAUACAUCUCUUAAGUAAAGAUUCAUAUUUACUUCUCGAUUUUCAGCAUAUUUUGCAAGGAUACCAUUGAAGUAAACAUUUUGGAAGACAGUUGAAACAAUUUCAAACUAACAUCAGAUUUUUAAUAUAACAAGGAACAAAAGGCCAAGAAGUAUGCCUUCAUACCAUCAUACCAUCAUGUAUCAUAAUCAGUCAAAGACUUUCCAUUAACAAACUUCUUAAGUCUAUACUAUGUUAUAGUAAUUUUUAGUGAAAACUUUCUGAUACCUUAAUCAUAGUAUGCACUUGUAAUUUUGCGUGUGAAUGUUUCAGUUUAGAGAUUCAGCCAAUGGUGAUGCUCACAGAACUCCACUGCCACUUGUUUAUUUCUGUAAGGCACUUUAAGUGUCAGAAAUUCUAUGUAAUUUUGUUGUGUACAUUAUUUAGAAAUUAAAUUGUGCUUAAUAAUGAGGGUGAGAUACAAGUGAUGUCAUUGACGUGCCUUUUCUUUUUUCAUGAAACUGAGAUUUUAAUGUGAAAACAAUGUAUGUUAAUUUGCAAGUGGAACAUGAUAUCUACUUCCACAGUAUUUUGCUAUUAGUAAUGUGUACAUACAUAAAAUAUAAAUAAAUACUUUAUUAUAUAGUUA